AUGGGGUAUAAGCAAGAGAGUGUACAAAACAGUUCGGAAAGGAACAAUACUGAGAGACAAAUAUCUCAGGUUCAGGUGGAGACUCUCAGAUCCGAUACAAAUGACAGAGAUCAAAUGGAGACAGCUGAAUUGAGAAGUGAUGCUACUGAAGGUACAAGUAGAGGUCAAGAAAUUCAAUAUCUUCACGACUACAGGUUAGUCAGGGACAGAGUGAGAAGGGAAAUCAAGCCACCAGAAAGAUUUGGAUAUGCAGACCUUAUUGCAUAUGCUCUUAAUGUUGCUGAAGAGGAAAUAGAGCAAGAACCACUGAGUUAUAAGGAAUCUGUGAAUAGCAAGGAUAGCCAUGAGUGGAUUGAAGCAAUAAGAGAGGAAAUGAUAUCUUUAUAUUGGUAUGAAACUUGGGAACUGAUUGAUAACACUGCAAAGCCCAGAACUAUAGGAUACCCAGGAAAGGAACAUUGUGAAGCUCUUAAAUGGAAUUUAAGAUACAUUAAGGGAUCCAUCACUAAGGGUUUGGUUUUUGGUGGAGAGAAACAAAUCUCAAAUUACCUGAACAGUGUUAAAGGAUAUGUUUAUUCGGAUUAUGCUGGCUGUUUGGACACCAGAAAAUCAAUUACUGGGUACAUUUUUACUGUUUUAGGUACAACUGGACUGAUUCAAGAAUUGGGGAUUCGGCAAACAGCUAUGACAGUAUUUUGUGAUACUCAAAGUGGCAUUCAGUUGUCAAGGAAUCAUGUCCAUCAUGACAGGAAAAAGCAUAUUCAUAUUAAGAUGCAUUUUAUUGGAAAGAUCAUUCAGGGAGGGACUGUUUUGAUUGAUAAAAUAUCUACCAACCGGCAACCUUUUCUACUUCUUAGACCUUAUAAAUUUGAAGUAAUGUCAGCUAGUCUAAUGUCAAAAAGGGCAGACACUCUGAUCUUUGCUUAG